UCCUCUUUUCGUUUCUUUUGUACCUCACAUUCCAGCGCCACUUCCAGGGAGCCCUUCCUUUCCAGCGCCACUUCAGAGAGAGAGAGAGAGAGAUAAUGGGAAGUGACAGCGAAACGGAGAAAUCGCAGAAAGAGAGGAAGAAGAUGCUGGCUCUCGCACCCAUAGCGAAACCGCUGGCCGGGAAGAAGCUCUGCAAGAGAACUCUCAAGCUCGUCAGAAAAGCUGCUGAACACAAAUGCUUGAAAAGAGGAGUGAAGGAGGUGGUUAAAAGUAUCCGGCGUGGUAACAAAGGUUUAUGCAUUAUGGCUGGAAACAUCUCUCCUAUUGAUGUUAUCACACAUGUUCCAAUCUUAUGUGAAGAGGCUGAUAUUCCAUAUGUAUAUGUUCCCUCCAAGGAUGAUCUUGCUAUUGCUGGAGCCACCAAGAGGCCUACUUGCUGCAUUUUGGUACUAACAAAGCCCACCAAAGGUGAGCUGGCCCAAGAGGAACAAGAGAAACUGAAGGGAGAUUAUGACCAAGUUGUGUCAGAUGUGACUGAGCUCGCAUCUUCUCUCUUCUGAAGACUGCUGAACCAAAUCAACCACAUUACUUAGUGUUUCUAUUUAUUUGAUCUGUGCUUGGUUUUUGGGAUUUGGGGUUAGAGGGGAAGCUGGGCAGCCUUUCAUUAUUCCUGUCGGUAGUUUCAGGGUUUUGACGUUUGUGUAUUUAGGAGCCAAAUCAAGACAGGCUUUUAAGCAAGACCUGCUUUUGGAGGGAAAAAACAGCAACCGGAGCCAUGCAAAGUAAAUGGUAGAUCUUUUCUUCUGUAAA